AUGCAACAGUUACUGUUAACUGUAACUGUAAAAACUGAUUGUCAGCAAUUACCAAUUACUAGUGUUCGUUAUGAACGUUUACAAUGUCCGAAUUAUGAUUUAUGUCAAGCUUGUUAUAGUGAGAAAGAAAUACAUAAUGAACAUUCUAUGGCUGCAAUACGACAACCUUGUCAGGUAUACAGAUGUUUUGUUGCAUACGAAAAGUCACAAUUUAGGUGACAGUGUAGUUCAUGUGAUAGGUUUGUAGAAUACUUUUCAAUGUGGGCAAAAAAAUAAUUGGUGUUCAACAUCAGUUCUGUGAGAAAGCAACAAAAUACUGACAUCAAAAGCAAUAUCUGAGACACCUAUGCGUCUGACUUGAUCGAAUCUAUGAUAAAUUGACUCUGACCAAUUUCUGUUAAGAACUUCAACCAAAUCAUAAGCGAUUACUAUUCGAACUAUUGUUGUGUAUCAUCAGCAAGUGAUAUGAUUGAUUCCCAAUUAGAGAUCGACGAUCCACUGUGCGAAUCCGUGAGGCAAAUGGCUGAUAAAUAUUGCGAAUUCUCUAUUAUUCUCUGACUAGUUUAGGUCAUCACCAUCUAGAUUAGGUAAGGAUCGAUUGCGAAUUCUCUAUUAUUUUUCGACUGGAUCAGGUCACCAUAUAGGUUUCUUACGGAGACCGAAACGGGUCCGGUCGGAUCCGAUUGUCUCGGUUUCGGUUCGGGUCAAUGUAAAAAAUAUUGGUUCGGGUGGGAUCGGG